UUCAAUAUCGGAAAAUAUUAAAAAUCAGUGAAAUUUGUGUUAUUUAAAAAUCAUUGUGUUUUAAAAUGGCAGCAUCUUCGAUUGUAAUUAAUACUAAUUCGUUUUGUGAAGAAGAUCUCACGACAUUCCUUGAAUGUUCGGAAAGAAUUCAGAAGUGUGAAGAACGUCAAAGAGGCGAUUGGCUAAAAAAAGCCAUUUUGACCAAUCAAGAGAUAUUUGAAACCAGCUCUGUCAGUGCAGUUACCGAUGAUGAUUUGAUUAAGCGAAACGAAGGCGAACAAUCAUUUAUUUCACGAUCGGCUAGUAUGGAAGAUCUUCUUAAGUAUUUUGAAGAAGACGUUCAGGUCGAUAGUGACCAAGAUGCAAAGAAGUUGGAGAGAAAUAUCGAAGUUGUGAAACCAGUAGUACUUUCACCAAAUACUGGAGCUAUUAAGAAAACCAAAAUCCAGUCCAAGGCUCCUUCGAAUGAUCAUGUUAUAUUAUCCAACAUCAAACCAAGUGAACUUAAGGAAAUUCGUUGGCAAUCAAGUGCUCCAAGUGGUAGCUAUUCGAAGACCCACCAUACAGGACAGCUCGAUCCAAUGAGGAAGUUCGUGAAGUUAAGUGAUCUAGAUUUGAUCGAUCAAAAUUCGAGCAAAGGAAAUCCUCCAAAGCGUUUUUCAUCAUCUAAUAACGACGAUCUUAUAACCGAAAUCAUCAUCAAGCCAUCCGACAGUCCGAAGCAAAACGAUCUUAAAGAGUAUGGUUUCAAAUCUGAAAAUCUUAGAUCAAUACUUAAUGGAAGAUCAUCUCGAGCAAAUCAUGAACACCUCAAGCCGAGUGAUCUCAAUCUUACUAUGAAAGAAUGGGAAGAAAGAUAUUUCAAGAUCAUUCGAAAAGAUCUCAAGCCACAAGAUCUUAAUCUAACCCAAAAGGAAUGGGAUGAAAGAUAUUACCAAAUAAUUCGCAACGACCUUAAACCUGUUGAACCGAUUCCAUCUGUAAGAAGUGUCAAGUCACCACAACAAAAACCCAUGAAGCUCGAUGAUAAACCAAGUAAAUGGGAAAAGGCUCUUAGGCCUCCCAAAAAGAAUGUUAAGUCAAAGGUGCAAAAGAUAGCUGAGAUGUUCAAUGGAAUGAUCACUCAAGUGAUGAAGAAUGACCAACCGGUAAGUAACUAUGAACGUUUUACAAAUGAGUUAUCUCCAGAACCGGUCGCAAAGCCACCUCAGCCAAAAAUCCGUACCAAGUUGCAGCAAGUUCAUCGCCAUACGGCUACCCCAAAAAGCAGUCCAAAACCAACUCCGAGAUCAAGCCCAAAACUCAGCAAACGUCCAAUUACUCCAACUGGUUGCUUGAUUCCUGAAGAGGUUUUUAAUAAGCUGUCAGUAAAGGAUAAAGCUUUGCUCUUUAAUAAGUUCAUGCGAGAAAUGUCCAGACAGAAUCCAGACUUCACCGUCGACCCUGAAGAAUUUAAAUCAGCUUUAGAGAAGAAAAAGAACUCAGAAAUAACUGAGCCCAUGGUUCUCACUGAGAAGCAAGAAUCAGUGAUGAAUCUUGCCAGAGAGCUCGAAGCUAAGAUCAUGUUUCCUAAGCAAACUAUUUCUCCAGCUGCUUUGGUUAAAACUCCAUCAAAGAAGGGACCAGCACCUCAGCCUCCUGUGCAUGAGAACAUCGAAAGAGACGAGAUAACAGGUGACGAUGAUUCUGUUCAUGUUAGUAAACUCACUGUGGUUCUUAAGCCUUCGCCGAACAAACCAGUCACAGCAUUUAAUUGUCCAGUACUAAGAAGAAAAAUAACAACCCCAACUGUAGUGGUCUGUCCAUCGAUGAAGCGCACCAAUCAUCAAAUUUCCUCUUCAGUUCCAAUUGAAAUUUAUGCACCACCAAGAAAGAUCCGUCGAACCCGACCAGAACGGAGCAAUUCGAAGAAGUUCACCCAAAAUCCGAAUCUUGAGCAACUUUUCUAUGGCUGGAUGAAGGAUCGCCAUGGUCUGAGCUUUGAUAUACAGACUCAAGAUGAAAAUACUUCACAAGAAGAUAAAAGCCAGGAAGGAAAUGCACCCGCAGUUGUGAAUGAUGUGGAGCCCGAAGACAAUGAUAAGACUAUUGAAACAGACACAACGCUUAAAAAUGAUGAACUAGAAGUGGAAGUGGAGCCGACCAAAAAAGAAGAAGCCCCUAUGCAGCCAACGAACAAAACCUCCAAGAAUGAUCCCUCUGAAAGUGACAGUAGCUUGAUAACCAUGCCCAGUUCUAAAGUCAACACUGAUGAAUCUCAAACAGACCAAGCUAAAGAAUCACCUGAUGCUGAUUUUGACUUUGUCAAGCCUGUUCGCCCACCACGCAAGAAGAAGGUCAGGCGUGCAACCCUCACAUGGAAGAAAGAUGCUUCCAUCGUUGAAAAACUUCCACUAUCUACAACUGAUUCCGAUUCUGAUUUCAAACAACUUGGUCCCCAACUACAACAAAAGCCCAAGAAGCCAACAACUUUGGUCACUAAUGAUGUAUCUUCUAAGGGCAAAAAGCUUAUUUUCAAAGACUCUCCCUCGCCAACAACUCAAAAUAGCUUCGAAGUCGAUGAUGCCUUCUUGGACUUUAUGAAUUCUCCCACAAAGAUUCGAAAUGCUUAUACUCUAACUGUGAUGUCUUCACCAUCACAAAAGGCAGACAGUGUCUUAAGUAACACAAGUGAGGCGCCAGCUAAGCCCCCUCGAAAGGGUAAAGCAUCCAUCACCCAGCUUCCAUAUAACAUCGAUGAGUCCAAAUUUGAAAACGAAGACCAAGGCUUCGAAACUGGAUCGACCGGUUAUAGUCCUGCUCGAAUCGUACAUAAGACAUCUGCAACAUUCUCGGUGAGUCCUGCUCCAGAAAAGUCUCCACUUUUUAUCAAACUAAAUUCCGAGAUGGAAAGGAGAAUGUCUGGAGCUAAUCAGACACCAUCGGCGUACUCGACUCCUGUGAAAAACAACUCAAAUAUCAGUGAAAGCAAACUCAAUCCAACAAAGAAACAAUCUUGGCACACCGUCUUUAGUCCAAUCCAAACAAGUGGCAGUCGUCGCAGGUCUUUGGCAGAUUCUGAAAGCCGACGCAGUUCCAUUGUGAUGGAUGUAAUCCGUGAAGAACAACACCAACAAUCGAAGAAACCUGAAUCACCAACUGUUAAUGACGACGUCUUCUUUUCAACACCAUCAACUGAUAUUUGUCGUGACCGGAAGUCUUCAUUUUGGAUAUCAAUCGAUGAUCUCACUCUUUCUAUGGACAUCUUUGGAAACCCUAAAGAUCGCUUGAGUCUCCUCUCCGAUAUCUUCGGCCAGAAAAGUGGAGAGUCCAAAAAUGUACACUUUGGAAUCGAUGACUUAAAAUAUUCCCCUAAAGAGGGAGCUGUCUCCGAAGAGAUCACCAAAAACUUACCAAAGGUCGAGGGUAUUUCUUACUAUUGGUUUGCCAGUGGAGACUUGGCAGUUCCAUUCCAGGGCAACUUCAUAGCUCCAGAGAGAGUUAAGGAAAUCUUCAACUUUAUUUGUAAUUCAAGUUCCUCAAGCGAACAACAUUCAUUUGGAGUUGAUGACAUUGAAUUCUCCAAAAUACCCGAGCCAGCAAGCCCCUGUCCGAAAUUUUCCAUCGAAAGCAGUUACAGUAUGCUGAUCGGCUUAAAUGGCAAAAGUAAUGAGCAGCGUAACAAAUUCACCUGGCCUGCAAGUUCCCGAAAUUCGACUCCAUUCAAAACAAGCGACUUUGACCCCUCGGAAUUUGACUCCGACAGUUUCGAAGUCAGUGAAAUUGGACGACUAUCUUUCAGCCCCUAUGGAAGCAACUACUUUGAUAUGGCAUCGAUGCAAAGUGGCGAUAGAACUUCAAUUGCUUCCUACGCUUCGAUGGGAAGCCCUGAAAUGUUCACAUCUGAAUACGAAAAUGAACCUCUCGACAAGAUGUUCGGCACUAAGAAAACCAAUCCAACAGCAUCAUCACCCACAACCAGUGAAACCUUCGUUCUAGGAAAGAAUACCGACAAAUCCAUCAAAAUGCCAAAACUCCUGCCACCAACUGAUUCAAUGACAGUUGACAAAAUGAUUGAAACCAUCCGCAAACAACAGCACAAACUUCAGAAUCUCGAAACUGACAUGAAGACCUACACAAAUCCCGCUGGAUUUACUAGCAGUGUGUUAGAUAAAUACCAUGGCAGGCCUUAUGUGAGGAAACUUCACAAUAUUGUCAGAUCAAUUCAAAUCAUCGCCAAGACUGGCUUCGAAAACUGUACCGCCCAGCAAUUGGAAAGCUUCUUGUAUUUCCUAUCAUUGUAUGCCGAAACUUGUCUAUCAUCAUGUAGCAAUCAAAUGAAUGUCAUUCUGGAACAACUGAGAAAAGACAAAAGUGUACAGGUUUAAGAGAUUGCAGAGUAAAGGGUUGAAAUUUAAAGCU